UCCGUCCGGCUAUUUUCGCCUUCAAAAUUCAUUUAUUUUCUUCUCGCUGCCUAUUUAAUUUGAGCCAGUUAAGAUGCGUAAUUAGUAUUUCAAUCUUUCCUCCAAUCCUCUCCUCCUCCCUCCCUCCUGUAGCUCUCUCUCUCUCUCUCUCUCUCUCUCCCUCUUCCGCACUCUAUUUCUCACUCGCACAAAUUCUACAUGUCUCUGUCGCUACGGCAACCAAUGCUUUUCCCCACUUCCAGGCGCUCAGCCUCUCUCCCACUCCCUUCUUCAGUGGCAUGAGAGAUGAUCGGAGAAGCGAGGAGCCAGUGAACAGGCAGAAGCGAUGGAGCGAUGAUGACAGAAAGUGGGAGGAGUUGAGCGAAAUGCAGAUGCCAGUCACGGCGCAGGCCAGCACCACUCCGCUCUGGGCCGUGGACUGGGGUCCCACGCAGACCCUGGAGGACGAAACCCAUCAUGUCCUGUCCAGCCUGGAGACGGAGAUUCUGAGGGUGACCACAUCUGAGGACUGGACGAAUCAUCGGAGUGCGCCUACCAAUCAAACACAACGCCCAACUAUGGGAGAGAGGGAUAAGAUAGAGACAGAGGAGCCGGACACCAAGGAAGUGGACCCACAGUUUUAUGUGACGGUGACAAUUUCAUCUCUGCUGAUUCUCUCUGCGGUCAUCAUCUCUGCUAAACUCUGUUACGACCGCAGUCUCUCCCAGCGUCCUCCACCUCUCUCCCUCGCCAUCCCUCGUUCCAUAGCUCAGGAGGACAGCAGGCAGACACUGCACAGCACUCCAUCCUUCUCCGAUAGAGAGAGGAUACCAGUGGUCAAUCUUUGAAGAGCUGACUGUUCUGAGCAUGAUAAUCAAAUCCCGUGGGCAUGACACAGACUUUGGUGUGAAGUGAACUUGUGGGCACGCCAUCCGAAUGUACAUAAAAUGCAGAUUGACACAUGUGGAUAUAUGGAUGAAUACAUCUGUUUGGACACUCUGAUGGAGACUGUGAGGUUUUGUGGUCCAAUGGCUCUUCGUUUCUGGCUGUACCUCUUUCUUCCAGUGCCGUUUGUACAGUAUUAUACUCAUUAGCUCAACGCAGCCAUUCACAAGGGCUCCGGGAAUGCUAUGUCCUCUACCAUGAAAACAAUCAUUAGCUUCUGAUCUUGGAAUAAGCUGUGAUGUAUGUAGUCAUUAAUUUAGUAACCGGCGUGACAUGCUUGCAGUGGCCUAUCUCUCAUGCAUACAAAGGUUACAGCUGCCUACCGCUGCCUUCAUCAUACUUUGUGUAGCAUUUAUUUGGGCUUAAUGAAUGACUGCAGUUAUUUUGAAGAGUUAAAUAUAAUUCACAUCAUCUGUUUAUAGUGUUUUGUUUCAUAUGGCUCUGUGUCUCAUGGCAACAGUGACUGCAGUGACGUCAGCUGAUAAAAACAGAUAUCUGGAAACACCUCUGCAGUGUAACCUUAUAAUUUACACUAAUUAUCUGACGAACGAUUUCGUCAUUCUGGCUCAACAUCUGUUGAGGUGUUCGUGAAACCUAAGUAAUUCUUUUCCGAGUGUGUUGUUACAUUUAUUAGCAUAAUACUUCUAAAUCAUGGCCAUAUAUCUCUUCUCGGGGUGUUUGAGACCUUGAUAGAGAGGUAAUAAAACAGUCUUUUUGGUUAGCAGAGCGCUAGCACACACCAAAAUGACUGACGUGUGUGAUAUUUCCGUGUUGAGUUUAUGGAAAGCACAAUUAAGGACAUGUAUGAAGACAAACUGAAAAACAAGCUUGGCGCUUCCAUGGCAUAUUCAGUUUGAAAAGCAAUUAAAAAAACAUGCCACACAAGUUUGUUUGAUGUCUCGCUACGCCAACCCAUGGCUAGCGAGGCAGCUUGGGGAUUCUUAUUUAUAUUUAUGAACCGCAACUAUCAAGAGGCUUUGGGUUUUCAGAUGGUAGAAACCUUUUUAAAUCUGUUCUGUAGUCUGUGUAAAUUGCUACCGAUUUUACUUACGUAUUUUGACAUAUUUGAUGUAUGAAAGAGGAUAUUGGCUUUCUGUUCCAGAAUGAAGCCAGACGAAUUUGCCAAAGCUCUUUGCGAAUAGCUAUCUGGCUAAUGGUUAACAUUAUCUAAUAGAGAGCAUCAGUGUCCGCCCACUUUUUCAGUGGCCUUGAUUAUUUGAUUAUUAAAUGAUUCAUUUUUCCAAUAGAGAUUUGUGUUUAAGAAUUAUAAGCCAUGAACCAAACCAACCAGCUAUGAGGUGAAUUACAGCAUCACAAACUUUGAUUUGAAGCAAAAAAUAAAAUAAAAUAUUUGAAAAUUUGACAAAAAGACUAUGAAUUGGUACAAGACUGCAUAAUGGCUUUGAGGGAAAGAACUGCAAUCCCAUGAAGCAUUGGAAGAUUGCAAGAUUUUCUUCUUGUGACUGAUUCGUGAAAUUUUCUUUACAGCAUCAUGGGUAAUGUAGUUUUUCACCAUGCAUUCAAGUGUUAAACAUGAUUAUUAAAAAAAUGUAAAAAAGUUUAAAGGGAUAGUUCACCCAAAAAUAAAAAAUUCUGUCAUUAAUUACUCACCCUCAUGUCAUUCCAAACCCAUAAGACUUUCGUUCAUCUUCAGAACACAAAUUAAGAUAUUUUUGAUGAAAUCUGAGAGCUUUUGUCCCUCCAUAGACAUACCACAACUUUGACGCUUCAAAAAGUUCAUAAACAGAUUGUAAAACUAAUCCAUAUGAAUUAAGUUUUUUAGUCCAUUAUUUUAUGAAGAGAUGCCACCGAUUUAUAUGAUGAACAGAUUUAAUUUAGGCUUUUAUUCACAUUGAUCAGCGAACAUAAACAGAAGCUCAACCGAACCUGCUUGAUGCGCGAGAACAAAUCUCUUUCGGAAGCUCAAACGAGCUGUGUAACACACGAGAACGAACCUCAUUGGUUCUCGCAUGUCAAGCGAACAUGCUUGAGCUUCUGUUUACCACAACUGAUGUGUGAGUUGAUGAAUGUUUAUAUGUGAAUAAAAGCCUAAAUUAAAUCUGUUCAUCAUAUAAAGUGAUCGAGUCUCUUCAGAAAAUUUGGACUAAACCGCUCAAUUCAUAUGGAUUAGUUUUACGAUCUCUUUAUGAACUUUUUGAAGCGUCAAAUUCAUGUAGCUGUCUAUGGGGGGACAGAAAGCUCUCAGAUUUCAUCAAAAAUAUCUUCAUUUGUGUUCCGAAGAUGAACAAAAGACUUACAGGUUUGGAACGACAUGAGGGUGAGUAAUUAAUGACACAUUUUUGGGAGAACUAUACCUUUAAAUAAUGCGGACAGAUGGCUUCAAUCUCGAUUAACAACCUCAUAGCUCACAUUAGGUUUGAAUUUAACGGUUAUCGUUAGUAAUCAGUUCCCCUAUGGAGAAACUGAAUGGUAUUUUUACUUCUGAAACCCUACUGUUGCUCUCUAUAGCCUGUGCGGUCUAUGUGAUGUCAUCGUAGAAAGAAAGUCGUUUCACAGGAAUUUGUUAAAGAUUCAAAGACAUUUUUUUCUUUAAAAGUAUGCACUGAUGAAUUGUUCAAAAUAUGAUCAAGAACAAAAGAUGAUCAGUUUUGAUUUAUAUUGAUACAUAUCGACUUUAAACCAGAAGAAAUUGUUCUUUAAGCUGUAUUUUCCUAGGAAAUCAUUAUCAUCCUCAAAUAACCAUGUAACUCAUGAAAAAAAGUGAUAAAAAACUAAAUGACAAAAGGGAGGGAAUAAGAAACUAAUGUGCCAUUAUAGUUUAUGGGCACAGCAGAUUGAAAUUUUCACAUCAUGCACAAGUAGCUACACUAUGUGAGAUAUGUUUGGAGGUUUCACACCAUUUAUGUAGCACUGCCUUAAAUAUGUGGUUCACUGUACUAUGAAGUCAAUAAAAAAGCCAUCUCUGGUGUUUUAAAACA